UCCCGCCCCUAUACGCCCCUAUGAUUCUCAGCUGGCAAUUUUGAGUAAAAUGUAUACAAAACCAGCGAGAUUUUGACCCUUUUUUGUUGACAUUUCUCUCCUUCUGGAUACCAAGAUAUCCUCUACAAUGACUAGGCAACAAAUCUGUUUAAAGUGGAAUAGUUUUCAAUCAAAUAUUGUGACGUGUUUUGAGACUCUAUGGGAGGAAGAGGGACUCGUUGACUGCACUUUGGCCAGCGAAGGACAGUGCAUUAGAGCUCACAAAGUCAUUUUGUCUGCGUGCAGCCCGUUCUUUAGACGAAUUUUUGAAACAAAUCCCUGCCAGCACCCCGUCAUCAUACUUCAGGAUGUCCAGUUCUCAGAUCUGGAGGCCCUACUGUGUUUUGUAUACAAGGGAGAGGUCAACAUUGAUCAGGAUGACCUGCCAGCCCUCCUCAAAGCAGCCGAGUCUCUACAAAUCCGUGGCCUAUGCACUGCCAGCGCCCAGGGGAAAGUAAAACACUCGCUGAUUCCGUCAGAAAGUGGACCUCCGUCAAAGAAAAAGCGUCCUUCCUCGGCCUGCUCAUCUCUACCUCCGCCCCCUGCAGCCCUUCCUGUACAAUCUGCAUUGCACCGAAGUCAGAGCCUAGAGGAAAGCGAGGACAUAUCUACCUCACUGCAAGCCACUGUCAUCCCUAAAGUGGAGCCUAGUUGCGACACAAACUGCGACGACUCCGAAUCUCUGGCCAGUCUGCCUCUCGAGGAGUCCAUGGAUGAAGGGACACCGGAGGAGCUGCAAAAAUUCAUGCAGCGGCAAGGGGAAAAAUUGUCCUUAGCAGACAUCAACCAGUUGAAAGGAUGCUGCCGGACAGACUCUCUGGCAUUCCACUCUGAUUUGAAUUUUGAUCCCUCUAAAGACAGCGCUUCAUCGUUUCCACCAUUUCCGUGUCCCUUCUGCGACCGAGCCUAUACAAGCUGGGGAUUCCGCAGACGACACAUCAAGUCCAUGCACACUUCGAGCCCUAAACUGACUUGCAAAUGGUGCCCUCAGGUGCUGAACAAUCACAAUUCGUGGGAGAAUCAUGUUACCGGCAAGCAUGGGUUGGCAGCCGAAGACGCGAGGAACGGUCUCUUGAUUUUAGAGGAGGCUCACACUGUCCUGCAAAUCCCAAAUCCAACCAAGCUGGAGUCUUUGGUGGAUAUGAUCAAGAGAGGAGAAGUUGUCACCGAGCCAGUUCAAAGCCAGAGCGGCGAAAGUAGCAGCUCCAGGUCGAAACACUAAUAUUCCUAACUGCAAUUAAUUGUUCGCAAGCAAUCUAGUCUCACUGCCAUAUAAAAUUAUAUGAAGUGCCUUGUAUUCUAAAACCGUAGACUGCUUUGUGUUAAAAAAAUCUUAUGAUUCAUUGCUAUCAGUAUAUAAGGGCUGAUUGUGAGUUUUUGUCGAUCAUUAUGCAUAUAACAAGCGACUAUUUUUGUAAUUUUUUGUAUCAAAAUUUGUCAGUUCUUCCUGAAUUUUUCUUUUAAAAUCAUUAUUUGGCCCCAUUUGUCCAAUAACGGAAACAUUUAAUUAGAAUUUUUUAAUUAUAAAGGGGCAUUACAUGUUGUUUAAAAUUUAAAACUUAAUUAUUUUAGUGAAUAGUCUUACCUCAUACACACAAACUCUCAAGAGUUAGGAAUUCUAGCUUGCAAUUAUACCACAGAAGGAUGCAAAAUUAGGUUCGUUUUCAGUAGCUCUGUCCAUCUGUAGCUUGCCUCUUCUUACCGUGGGUAAUUCAAACACUUUCACAUACCUUGUACCAAAUUUUUUGAAAACCAACCUUUUAAAUCAUACCAAUUUACAAGAUUUAACGAUGAAAUUUUGUUAAUUCAAGGAUUUAUUUUAUUUCAACCCGCAGAAUUGCCGCAGAAAAAAUUGGUCAAAUUCUUUAGUUAUUUGACUGUUUAUAUUUACGUGAUUUUACGCACUGUCUGUUACAGACUUAAGAAAUUAAUAAAAACAACAUUCAAAUUUUUAAAAUUUUAACAGUUUAAUUAGUUAAACCAUAACUUCAGAUCUGCAAAUUUAAUUCAAAUAUAAUUAUAUUCUAUUAUUAUUAUUAUUAUUUUUUUUUUUUUUUUAUAAAAUUCCAAUAUUUUGUUUCCAUAAGUCGUUUGUAAAAAAAGUGAGAGUUUAGUCUUGGUUUAAUAUUUUUAGACUGCGGCUGAUUUAUUUAUUAUUGAUUUCUGCCAUCCGUGUGCUUGCAAGAGCGUGUCAUUCAAAUGCGCGCCCUUUUACUGUAAAAAAAAUAAAGGUACAAAUUAGGGGCGUGAACGCCAGGGGGCAGUUGCCACUCUCCUCAUCUGGUUCUGAGUUGGGUUCUGAUAUCAAAUCAAAAGUUGUGUUUAUUUUUGUAUUGUAUUUCGGUGCCGAAUUUGCAAAAAAACGUUUUUGGAUUUAUCCGGAAAAGUGUGAAAGUGUUGGUGCGGUAAGAAGGCAAUCUAAUUGUAAGAAGAUGGACAGCGCUGUUGACCAGUUGAUGACAACGAUCUUUCUGUCUCUGGCAAGCGGUGAGUAAAAUCACAAAAGAAAAAGAAAUUGUAGUUUUUAAUACCCUUUGAAUGAAGCGUUGAAUCAUUGGUUUUAAAUUAGAGAUCACCUUUUUAGUAGUUUUUUCUCACUUAAAUUAACUCUAGCAAAAUUAAAUUGCGUGUGACAUUAUUUAAUUAUCAUGCGAGAAGAGGUUUUGUGUGAUAGUCGGAAUACAUAAUAUAAUUAAGCGGCAUAAACGCUCUGCCCUAUAAUCACAGCAAGUUUUUGAAACUUUUUAAAGGGAAAAAUGUGGGGAAAAUGCUGUAAUAUUACUUUCAUUUUAAAUCAACUGAUUUAUUGACACAUCAACAAAGAUCAAAGAAUAAUUGUCAAUAAGGAUAAUAAUACCUCAUUUGCAAUUUUGCAAGCUGCAAAAGUAAAUAAUAAAUUUUGAAAAUUCACUAUUUUCAAAAAUUAAAAAUUAUUAAAUUGCUACAUUGAAAAUUAAAUAUCUAUGUUUAACAACUGCAAAUAUUUUAUAUAAAUGAAAGCAAAAUAACUAAAAAAAAUUAGACCAAAAUUCGAGUGGUUUUUGACGAAUAUUGCUACAUUAUUUUUGUAAGCCAUUAAUAACUUGCUGAGCAAGCUGCUUAAAUUAAUAAAUAAACUAUAUUUUAAUAAA